AUUUAUUUAUGGCUUGUCCACUGCAAACAACAAUGGCUUCCUCAAUUCAGCACCUUCUCUUCUCUUCUCUCCUCCUUUUCUUCCUCUCCUUAUCUGUCACUGCUCAACAGUCUUUCCGUCCCAAGGCCUUAGUCCUUCCUGUCUCAAAAGACGCUGCCACUCUCCAAUACGUAACCCAAAUCAAACAAAGAACCCCUUUAAUUUCCAUCAACCUUGUCCUCCACCUUGGCGGAAAAAUCCUCUGGGUUGAUUGCGACCAAAAUUACAUCUCAUCAACAUACCGACCAGCUCGGUGCGGCUCCGCCCUCUGCUCACUGGGAGAAGCCAAUGGUUGCGGCAAUUGCUUCUCAGGGCCAAGGCCAGGCUGCAACAACAACACUUGCGGUGUUUCACCUGAUAACCCUAUCACUAACACUGCUACCGGCGGCGAGCUUGCUACAGAUAUUGUAUCUGUCAAUUCCACAAAUGGGUCGAAUCCAGGUCGGGCAGUAACCGUGCCCAAGUUCUUAUUCUCUUGUGCACCUACUUUUUUAUUACUGGGUCUUGCUAAUGGUGUUGUGGGCAUAGCUGGACUUGGUCGAACAAGAGCUGCAUUACCUUCUCAAUUUUCUGCUUCGUUCAGCUUCCAUAGAAAGUUUGCUAUUUGUUUAGCAUCAAGAAAUGGUGUAAUAUUUUUCGGAGACAGUCCAUAUAAUUUCUUGCCUAAUAUCCAAAUCACAUCGCUCACUUACACACCUCUUUUUAUAAACCCAGUAAGCACAGCUUCAACUUCUACACCAGGCGAGCCAUCAGCAGAAUAUUUCAUUGGAGUAACUUCUAUUAGAAUAAACGACAAAAAAGUAACAUUAAACGACUCUCUUCUGACUAUUGAUAGCCAAGGAAAUGGAGGAACUAAAAUUAGCACAGUGAACCCAUACACUGUUUUGGAGUCAUCCAUUUUUAGUGCAGUGACUGAAGCCUUUAUAAGUGAGGCUGCAGAAAUGAACAUAAGCAGAGUGGGGUCAGUUGCACCAUUUGAAGUCUGCUUUAGCAGAAGGAAUGUGGUUAGCACCCGCUUAGGGUAUAGAGUACCUAGUAUUUCUUUAGUUCUGCAGAACGAGAAUGUGGUUUGGAGGAUCUUUGGUGCUAAUUCAAUAGUUCAGGUUAGUGAUGAUGUUUUGUGUCUUGGAUUGAUUAACGGUGGAUUAAAUCCAAGAACUUCGAUUGUGAUUGGAGGAUAUCAGCUGGAGGAUAAUUUGGUGCAGUUUGAUUUGGCUACUUCAAGACUUGGAUUUAGCUCUUUGCUGUUUGGAAGACAAACUACGUGCUCCAACUUUAACUUCACUUCCAUUGCAUAGUUUCCUUUCUCUUUUAAUCUUCUCGAACAAAUUAUUAAUAAGUGGCCAUGGUAGAUGAUCCCUUGAGGUUGGCUGCAAUUGGAAACUUUUAUAUAAAUUUAUAAUGAAUGUACCUUCGAAAAGAUUAAACGAAAGUUUGAUAUUUAUUAGA